CUACAAUUUCCCGACAUCAUGACAUAACUUUAAAGAGCAAACGACCAAACCCGACACGCAAAACUCACUUUCCUCGCCAAAAUUCUUUUCCCUAACGCACCGCACCCCUCUCCUCCCCAUCUCCACAGCAGCCCUCAUGGCUCUUCCCAAAAGUACUGAACCACCACUAUCACCAACUCAUUGCUAUGCUCAAAUACCAUAUCAGCAUGAAGAAGGGUGUGUUGUGUUACCUUUUUACCGCCACCCCACCACUCCGUUCUGCCGCCGCCGAUGGCCAAUGAUAACUAUCGCGUUCCUCCUCCUCCUCCUUUCAGCACUUGUCUAUGUCUUUUGGCCGUCCGAUCCCAUGGUCAAGGUCGUAAGGCUGCGCAUAGACAAGAUACGCAUACACACCUUGCCCAUAAUUAAUAUUGAUCUAUCUUUGUAUGUUACUUUAAGAGUACGCAACGUCGAUGUGUAUUCCAUGGAUUUUAGAAGUCUCGAUGUUGCUGUAAAGUACAAAGGGAAGAGACUGGGUCAUGCGAGAUCCGAUCAUGGACAUGUGAGGGCACUAGGAUCAUCCUACGUGGAUGCUGAAAUAGAUUUAAGGGGGAUCAGUGUUCUGUCUGACGUGGUGUCCUUGCUUGAGGACUUGGGUAGGGGUAUGGUCCCGUUUGAUACUGUCACUGAGGUUUCUGGCAAGCUUGGUUUGCUGUUCUUCGGGUUCCCUUUGAAGGCAAAAUUGUCCUGUGAAGUUCUGGUAAAUACACACAAUCAGACAAUUGUUCGUCAAACUUGUUACCCUGAGUUAAGCUAAAAGAUUCGUUGGGUGCACUUUUAAGACUUUAGCUAAAAUAUGGAUCUGUGUGUACUGAUCAGAGAUGAAUUUGAAGGGCUUGCGGGCGCCGCUGCUGCAGCAUAAGCUAAAAGAUUCGUUGGGUGCACUUUUAAGACUCUCCAUGCACAGGAAAGCGAGAGCAAGUGGAAUUUUAUGCACACAUCAGAUGUGAUAACUAUGAGCAUGCACUGUUUCUCUCUUGCCAGGAUGUAUUUUUACCUGGAGAAUCAUUAUUCAUAGGGCCACAUAAUAUAUGUAUAUACUAGAUAGGGUCCCCGCGCGGGCUUCUUCUUCUUCUUCUUGUUUUUUUUUUUAUGAAAUGGGAAAAAAAUGUUUUUUUAA